AUGGCGAAAAUCGAACUAGAAGGAGCUGGGGAUGGACAAGUGAGGGCACAGGCAGUAGAGAUUCAUCCUGGGGUAACGAAGAUCGUUGCGAGGAAGGGAAAUGGAGACGGUGAUGAGGAUGAACAAUUGAAUGUGGAUACAUGGAGGUACAGGUUGCCUGCUUCGACUAUGCCAGAACUGGCCACAGCGGUAUUUGUGGACGGAGAGCUUAUUGUGACGGCGCCCAAGGAUGACCAUGGCCAUGGAGAGUUUGAUAAUGGAUCUAGAGGUGUUUGGAGAGACGCUGACCAACUUGUUCUUGUACAAUAG